AAACCUCCCAGAUUGGAGUUAGUGUAACCUUUCAUCCCAUUUAACUCUUGAAAUGCAGACGCACAUCUUAUUUGGUGCAUUAAGAAUUUUAAACAUAGUACCAACACAGAAGAAGAAAUUCUGUAAGGAAAAACUGGGAGGAGUGGCAGGGAAAAGACUCCUGUAUCUUGGCUUAGCUGUUGUACUAAAUCAAACACUAAUGAAGUUCUCUGCCACACUCCGACCUGACACUUUUUACUGUGCAAAUGGGAACUGUUCAUUUUCCAUGUUCUAACUGAGCCUGCUUUGAGGAGGGGACAGUACCAGAUGACCUGCAGUUGUUCCUUCUCAAAAUUACUCAAUGAUCUCGAGAAACAAGAUUGGAAGUGUCUCAUCUUCUAACAGGCGCAAGAUUGAAAGUGUUUUGUAUUCUAACGGGCAUCCUGAUUUGAUUUUCUUUUUCCACAAAGAAGGGGAAAAUGGAUAAUCUGUCGUAUUGCACUCCCACUUGCAGUACUUUGGUUUAGGAUUAUCUCCAUUGUUUGAAUACAAAACUUCCCUGUUAUAAAAAUGCUGCUAUAUUAAGUAAUGUAAUAAAUCCUACGCCACAGAACUACAGAUAUUUCCCAUUCAGCUGGUGCCUUCCUUCCACUUACUUACAAAGAUAUCUAGACAGGCCUUUAACAAUAACAAUGCAUUGUCUGCGGUAAGGUUGUGGGCCUCCCGGACAGCAUGUGGGUGUGGGAAGAGGCGAGCAGCCCCGACUGCAAGGCGAGCAGGCAGAGGAAGCCGCUGGGCUGCGCCGGCAAUCGGUGCGUUGCCCCUUUAAUUGUGUCCCCAGCCCUCGGGCGUCUCUGUCCAACGCCCACGUCAGCAAAUACCUUUUGUUUCUCUCACGUUCGGGCUUCCAGGGCUCGGGGCUGCGGGACCAGCGCGUCGCCUUCAGCCACCGCGAGCCCCGACGCGGGGCCGGGGACCUCGCAUCCACCGCCCGCUCCCCUCGGCUCAGCGGCAGCCGCCCGCAGGACCCAGCCGAGCAAGACUCCCUGUUACUCCUGGACUGGCAUGGAGAUUUCUUCCCAUCAGUUUCACCUCCUAGAGCAGCUCAACGAACAACGGAAGCAAGACUUGUUCUGCGACUGCAAUAUCCUGGUUGAGGGAAAGGUCUUUAAAGCACAUCGCAAUGUGCUGUUUGCCAGCAGCGGCUAUUUCAAAAUGCUCCUUUCGCAGAGCUCAAAGGAGACGACUCAGCCAGCGACGGCUACUUUUGAGGUUUUCUCUCCAGAGACAUUUAUGGUUAUCCUGGACUUUGUGUAUUCGGGCAUAUUGUCUUUAACUGGUCAAAAUGUGAUCGAAGUCAUGUCGGCUGCUAGCUAUCUACAGAUGACAGAUAUUCUUAAUGUCUGUAAGACAUUCAUUAAGUCCUCACUGGAUAUUAAUGAAAAGGAGAAGGAUCAUUACCUCAGCCUUUCAGCCAAAAGUACAAACAGUGAACCUGCUCAUCCAUCUCUUUAUCAGUCAAGAAGGAAAGCAAAGAGCAAUCCCAGGCGUUCCUAUUCAAUCCCGGAUGAAAAGGCUAAUCCGGUGAAUGAAAAUUCCUGGAGUGGUUACAGCAGCUAUCUGUCCUCACAGGUGAUUCUUCAGCGGGCAGAAACACAGCUAUCAAAAAGAGGCAGAAAACAGGGCUCAACGAGAAAGCGCCGAAAGCACCUUGGACUGUCACAGCCCCGUGAUUUUGUGCAGUGUAAAUCAAACAAAGCUGAGCGGGCCGGCGGAGGUUGCAGCACAUCAGAUUCCAGCCACAUCUCUCGGGUUAGAAGGGAGGUUGAAUUUGAUGCAGAGAAUGAUGUUGAUCAUGAUGAUUAUGGAUAUAGUCACGAAUCGGAAGUGAUACCAAAGAGGUGGUCUGUUGCUCAGCUAGAACAAGAACUUGCAAGAACUUCCGAGUUCAUGGAAUUAAAAGCAGAAGAACUGUACACCUCAAUGCCCACAAUUUUAGGUGUAAUGAGUAGUUGGAACAAAGAUGACCUCCCUCGGAUGCGAUUCAAAUGCCCCUUCUGUACACAUACAGUGAAACGACGAGCAGACCUGAAGCGACAUCUUCGGUGUCACACUGGGGAGCGACCGUACCCGUGUGAAGCGUGUGGGAAAAGGUUCACCCGACUAGAGCAUUUACGUAACCACUUCCAAACGAUACAUCAAGCUGGCAAACUGAUCUGUAGAAAAUGCAAGCGUCACGUAACUGACCUAACAGGAUGUGUUGUUCAGCAAGGAACAAGACGCUACAGACUGUGCCAUAAGUGUCUAGCAGAAGCUAAUUUUGACAGCAUCCCCGACGAUUUAGAUGCAGAACAUUCUCCUGUCUCCUCCACUGGAAACAAACGUUCCAAAUGGGCUUUGGAAGAGGAACAGAAAUCAGAUGAAGAGACAGUGGAGGAGGAACCAUAUAAUUUGGUUGUCCGACACGUUAAUGAUGAUAUUCCAGAGGAGGUAGAUGAAAAGAGAGCUGGGCAGAACGAAAAGACGCCAGCCCAGCCGCCGCCUCCUCAGGCUCUGUGGAGAACAAAGCCGCCUCAACUCGACGCCUGAUUGGCUAACCCCAGUCGGCUGACCCAACCAGCCAAUGAGGUGUCAAAGCCGCUGCCGAGGGGCGGUAGCCGCGCUCUGCCCGGCUGAGGGGCGGCGGCACCGCCCGCCAUGGCGGUCAGCUCCCCGUGGGCUCGGGUGGUUUGCCGUGUGGAGGGAAGGCCUGGAGCCGGUCAUCCCGAACAACGCCCAGGCCUCGCUCUUCCUCCACAGCGCCGCUGUGUCCAGCGUGUCGCCACAGCGGGCAUGUGCUGGAGCCCUGGGGGUGCUCCUGAGGAGGGAAGAAAACCCAGUGUGUGAAAAAUCAUGCAUUUUUGUACCACAAAAUAGGUGUAUCGUCAUUCUUACAAAGUCUGCCCACCUUGGCAAAGAACAAAGCACAAGCGUAAUGUAAUGGUGUUAAAAACCCACUAGCAAAAGUUAUUCACACACAAAUCCCUAGGUUCUUUCAGUCAUGAGUUUUAUUUCAGCAUUGAAGCUUUCUCAAAAAAUAAAAGGGAUUUUAUCCCUUGCUCUUCACAAUAUGGAAAUAAAACCACAUC